UUUACCUCACCACAGAUCGCUUAUCCUUUCCCCCCCUUCUCUCUCCCUCCUCGUCAGCCAACCAAACACGCUUGAUAUCCCACUAACGCAUAUCGCCAGACGCUCUAGCUCAUUGCCUCAGCCACAGCAGCCCACCCCCAAUGGAGGCAACAUGUGCAGCUCGCGGGGCGAUUUCUCAUGCCGUCUUCUCCCAAUCGCGCUUAGCGGUGCCGUCCUCUGCCCCUUCCCUUCCGCGCUCCCACAGACCCCCCGGGCUCAAGUCCAACUCGUUUCUCGGAGAGCCUGUUAGGCUCACGGCGCCGACCAGGCCCGCUUCCAGAGCUCCAUCCAGGGGAGGAGGCGGUUCGUCCCUCGCCGCCAAGUGCGAGAUCGGAGACAGCCUGGAGGAGUUUCUGACCAAGGCAACGCCGGACAAGAAUUUGAUCAGGCUGCUGACCUCCAUGGGAGAGGCUCUGAGGACCAUCUCCUUCAAAGUGAGGACCGCAUCCUGCGGCGGGACUGCCUGCGUCAACUCCUUCGGCGACGAGCAGCUCGCCGUCGAUUUGCUAGCUAAUAACCUUCUCUUCGAGGCUCUGCAAUAUUCCCAUGUCUGCAAGUACGCCUGCUCGGAGGAAGUCCCCGAGUUGCAGGACAUGGGCGGACCAGUCGAAGGUGGUUUCAGCGUGGCAUUCGAUCCACUCGACGGAUCGAGUAUCGUCGACACGAACUUCACGGUGGGCACCAUAUUCGGCGUAUGGCCCGGCGAUAAGCUCACGGGCGUGACGGGGAGAGAUCAGGUGGCGGCGGCCAUGGGCAUCUACGGACCUCGCACCACCUACAUCGUGGCUCUCAAAGAUUGCCCUGGAACCCACGAGUUCCUCCUCCUCGAUGAAGGAAAGUGGCAGCAUGUUAAAGACACGACGACGAUCGGCGAAGGGAAGAUAUUCUCUCCGGGAAACCUCAGGGCUACAUUCGACAACCCUGCAUACGAUAAGCUGAUCAACUACUACGUGAGAGAGAAGUACACGCUGCGGUACACCGGAGGAAUGGUGCCGGAUGUUAACCAGAUCAUUGUGAAGGAAAAAGGGAUUUUCACCAACGUGACGUCUCAGAGUUCGAAAGCGAAGCUGAGGUUGCUCUUUGAGGUGGCUCCGUUGGGGUUCCUGGUCGAGAAAGCUGGAGGGUACAGCAGCGACGGGACGAGGUCGGUGCUCGACAAAGUGAUCGAGAACCUCGACGAGCGGACUCAGGUCGCGUACGGGUCGAAGAACGAGAUCAUCCGCUUCGAAGAGACGCUCUAUGGUUCUUCCAGGUUGAAGACGGGCGAACCGGUUGGAAUCGCUGCUUGAGUAGUAGGAUCACCAUGCUAUUUAACAUUAAUGGCAAAUGGGCAGACAAAAUGCAAUGUUUAUACUGUUUUCCCCCUUUUAUGGUAAUCCUUUUGGAAAUUAAUUCA